CCAGGAGGAGGCGGAGUGUCUGGAUGUAAUUACAUGUUUGAGGCCGGCAGAAAAGCGCAGAAGCCGCUGCUCGGACAAACAGACAACCUCACCGCGCUCACAGGUGUCAGAUAUUCAGGACGGACAGUGACGCCAUGGCUCAUCUGGCUGUGGGGUUGGUACUGCUAUUUUCCCUGCAGUGCUCAUCACUCUCAUAUCAAAAUGACUCUCUUCCCCGCCCGAGGACAUUUUCUGGACACUAUGUUAUGGCCAACAAUGACCUGUCUGCUUUGGACAGUUCGAGGGAGGACGAGGGGUCUGGCUCGGGGUCAGAGCAGGAGCCGGUGAGAAAGCACGGGCCGCACCAUCCGCACAAACACUAUUUAGUCUCCGAGGAAGCCAAAGCCUUUCUGCAGGGUCGCCUGGCGACAGCCUUCGUCCCGACCGUCUAUACCCUCGUCUUCGUCAUCAGCGUGCCCCUCAACCUCGUUGCCCUGGUGCUGUUCGUGCGCCACAUCCGGCCCAGAAAGCCGGCGGUGAUCUACAUGCUCAACCUGGCCUGCGCCGACCUGCUCUUCGGCCUGCUCCUCCCCUUUAAAAUCGCCUACCAUUACCACGGCAACGACUGGACCUACGGCGGCGCCCUGUGCCGAGUGGUGACGGCGGCGUUUUACUGCAACAUGUACUGCUCCGUGCUGCUCAUGAUGUGCAUCAGCGUGGACCGCUUCCUGGCCGUGGUCCACCCCAUGAACGCGCUGACCUGGCGCAGCCCGCACGCGGCCGCGGCGGUGUGCGCCGCCAUGUGGCUGCUGGCCCUCGGAGGAGCGUGCCCCCUGCUCGCGUCCGGACAGACCGCCUAUUUGCCGGACCUCGGAAUCACCACCUGCCACGACGUGCAGGAUGCGGACAGACUGCAGGCGCAUUAUCUGUACUUCUUCCCCAUCUACUCGUCCGUCUUCUUCUUCGUCCCGCUCGUCUUCACGGUUGUGUGUUACGCGCGCAUCAUCCAGGCCUUGGCUGCCGCCAACGUGGAGAACCGCUCCAGGAAAACCCGGGCCAUCGUGAUGGCUGCGAUUGUGCUGGUCGUGUUCGUGGUUUGCUUCACUCCCGCCAACGUCAUCCUGAUGGUCCACUACGUGCAGCUCUCCCAUAAGUCCAGCGACACCUCCUACCCACUGUACCUGCUCUCCAUGUGCGUGGGCAGCAUCAGCUGCUCUCUGGAUCCGCUGAUCUAUUACUUUGGAUCCUCUCAGUGCCAGAAACGGGUGGCGGCGCUGUUCAGGUGCUGGCGAGUGGCGCGGGCGGAGAGCGGCGCCGACACGCAGAGCACGAGAGCCAGUGGGCGGACAGACGACGGCAGGUUAUGCAAGAUGGAGAGUGUUCAGCCCGGUCAGGGGAGCCGGUACAGCAGGCUGGCGGCGUGAAGGACAGGCCACGUGUGUGUGCACGCGCUCCCACAGUGGAAUGAACUGGUGCGGAUCGAAACCAUUGUUACAGAACUUCUUGGCCAGUCAUCAUCAUCCAAAAUGUAUCUUGUGUAGAUCUGAUGAAAACAUUUUGGUGCUCUUACUGCUUUUUAUAAUAAUAAAUGCAAUAAACCAGA